CGUGGGACAAGUGCACCUGCACCUAUCCCAUACUCCACAAUGGCAAGACUCGUCGGGGGGCUUCGGCUUUUCGUGGUCGUUUUCGUGUGUGCAUCUGUGAUCAUGUGCAUCUUCCACAUCUUUGUGGUGUGCGUUUGGGUCCUUCUGGGCUUUUGACCCGCGCCAUGUGUGCGCGGGACCAAAGCCCUAAGUGUCUUACUAUGUCUGUGAGCGUUUUGUAUUCUGAGUGCGUGCUAGGGCUUUUGCCCGCCCGCCCGGCUUGGUUCCUGAGACUUGCGCUAAGCGGGCCUAUGCGAGCGCCACCACCGCCUCCGCCGCGUGCUGUCCUGUGUGAGGACCGCGUGCCCAUCGUGCGCAGGUACCCGUCUAGCCAAGAGUGCGCCCGCGUGCGCAAGCCGCUUCCGGGCGCCGCGGCGCUGGGGGGCGGCCCCGCCAGGGGGUGGGUCACCGGGACUGGCCGGCGCCUGCCCCGUGCGCGCGAGGCGUGGGCGUGGGCGGGGGCCGCGGGGGGGGGACGACAGUACGAAAAGGCGGCGCGCGGGCCGCAGCCGCAGCUCCUCGGCGGCCCGCACCUAGCAGCGUGCGCCCCGCACCUAGCAGUGUGCGCCCCAGUGCAACCCUGGCUUUCCCUCCGCUGGACACCCGUGCCCCCUUCAUCGUCCGCAACCAGAAGCCCAGCGCAGCCCCCGGAGCCCCCUCUGCACCGCCGCCGCUCCCCGGACCGCGACCCAGGCCACCCCGAGAUGACCGCGACCGGAGCCCUCCUGCGCGUCCUCUUGCUCCUGCUGGCUUUCGGCCACAGCACCUAUGGAGCUGAAUGCGACCCAGCCUGCAACCCCAAAAAUGGAUUCUGCGAGGAUGACAACGUUUGCAGGUGCCAGCCCGGCUGGGAGGGUCCCCUGUGUGACCAGUGCAUAACCUCUCCUGGCUGCAUCAAUGGACUCUGCGAGGAACCAUGGCAAUGCCUCUGCAAGGAAGGCUGGGACGGGAAACUCUGCGACAUAGACAUGCGGGCUUGUACCUCAACCCCCUGUGCCAACAAUGGAACCUGCCUGGACCUCGAGAAGGGCCAGUACGAGUGCUCCUGCGCUCCUGGCUUCUCUGGGAAGGACUGCCAGAACAAAGCUGGGCCCUGUGUGAUCAACGGUUCUCCCUGUCAGCACGGGGGUACCUGUGUGGAUGACGAGGGCCGGGCCUCGCAUGCUUCCUGCCUGUGCCCCCCUGGCUUCUCUGGCAACUUCUGCGAGAUCAUUGCCAACAGCUGCACCCCUAACCCAUGCGAGAAUGAUGGCGUCUGCACCGACAUCGGGGGCGACUUCCGUUGCCGCUGCCCAGCUGGGUUCAUCGACAAGACCUGCAGCCGCCCGGUGAGCAGCUGCGCCAGUGGCCCGUGCCUGAACGGGGCCACCUGCCUCCAGCACACCCAGGUGAGCUACGAGUGUCUGUGCAAGCCCCCGUUCAUGGGUCCCACAUGCGCAAAGAAACGCCCGUCCAACCCCGUGCAAGUCACCCACCUGCCCAGCAACUACGGGCUCACCUACCGCCUGACCCCCGGGGUGCACGAGCUGCCAGUUCAGCAGCCCGAGCACCGCAUCCUGAAGGUGUCCAUGAAAGAGCUCAACAAGAGUACCCCUCUCCUCACCGAGGGACAGGCCAUCUGCUUCACCAUCCUGGGUGUGCUCACCAGCCUGGUGGUUCUGGGCACCGUGGCCAUCGUCUUCCUCAACAAGUGCGAGGCCUGGGUGUCCAACCUGCGCUACAACCACAUGCUGCGCAAGAAGAAGAACCUGCUGCUGCAGUACAACAGUGGGGAGGAGCUGGCGGUGAAUAUCAUCUUCCCAGAGAAGAUCGACAUGACCACCUUCAACAAGGAGACUGGCGACGAGGAGAUCUAAGCAGCGUUCCCCCAGGCCCCUCCCUCUUAUCCGGGUUCCUCAGAGCUCACUAUUUGCGGUCUGUGCUUCUCUUUGUGAUACCGCUUGCUCUCGCUUGUGUGACAUCUAGUGAACGCUAUGCUUACGUA